GCAGAAGCGCCGCCGGGCAGCCCGGCUCUCCGCGCCGGCCGGCCGCCCCGCCGUUGCUGCUGCUGCUCCUGCUGCUGCUGGCCGACGCGCGGGGGAGCCUGCUGCCGCGCGCCGCCCCCGCCGCCCGGCCGCAGGAUCGGGGCUUCGCGCUGCUGCAGGCGCCCGGUGCCCAGGGCGGCGGGCUGCAGCCGGUGGCGGCCGAGAAGCUGCGGAGGAAGAGGAGCGCCGAGCAGCAGGAGCCCGUGAAGGUGUACGGACAGGUUAGCUUGAACGAUUCACACAACCAGAUGGUGGUCCACUGGGCUGGAGAGAAGAGCAACGUGAUCGUGGCUCUGGCCAGAGACAGCUUAGCCUUGCUGGGACCCAAGCUAAGUGAUGUUUACGUGUCCUACGAUUAUGGGAAAACAUUUAAAAAGAUAUCGGACAGAUUCGGUUUUGGCCCAGGGAACACCAGCCAAGUCGUGAUUACCCAAUUCUAUCACAGUCCAGCAGACAAUCAAAGGUAUAUCUUCAUCAACGCUUCCACCCAGUACCUCUGGCUCACCAUGGACUUCUGCAACACCCUUCAGGGCUUCUCUAUUCCGUUCAGAGCAGCAGACCUGCUGUUGCACAGCCGGAUUCCAGACCUGAUCUUGGGGUUUGAUAGGUUUCAUCCCAACAAACAGCUCUGGAAGUCAGAUGACUUUGGACAGACAUGGAUAAUGAUUCAUGAACACGUGAAAUCAUUUUCUUGGGGUGUUGAGCCCUACGACCAGCCAAACACAGUUUACAUCGAACGGCACGAACCGACAAGCUCCUCUACUAUCCUUCGCAGUACUGAUUUCUUCCAAACUCGGGAAAACAAAGAGAUAAUUCUGGAGGAGGUAGAAGACUUCCAACUCAGGGACAAAUAUCUUUUUGCAACGAAGUCUGUGCAUCUUUUGGGCUCUCAACCACAGCCUUCCGUUCAGCUCUGGGUGUCCUUUAACCGCAAGCCGAUGCAAGCCGCUCAGUUUGUGACGAGGCAUCCCAUUAAGGAGUACUACAUUGCCGAUGCUUCGGAAGACCAGGUAUUUGUGUGUGUCAGUCACAGUAACAACCGCACCAACCUGUACAUCUCGGAAGCAGACGGCCUGAGGUUUUCACUGACUUUGGAGAACAUCCUUUACUAUAGCCCUGGAGGAGUGGGAAGUGAUACCCUGGUCAGGUAUUUUGCAAACGAGCCCUUUGCGGACUUCCACCGGGUCGAGGGAGUGCCAGGGAUCUAUAUUGCCACCUUGAUAAAUGGCUCGUUCAGCGAGGAGAACAUGCGGUCUGUCAUCACCUUCGACAAAGGUGGGACUUGGGAAUUUCUCCAGCCUCCAGAGUAUACUCGCUAUGGCGAAAAGAUAAAUUGUGAGCUUUCUCAGGGCUGCUCUCUUCACCUGGCCCAGCGCCUGAGCCAGAUCCUCAACUUCCAGCUGCGUAGGAUGCCAAUCCUCUCUAAAGAAUCUGCUCCAGGACUCAUCAUUGCCACAGGUUCGGUUGGCAAGAACAUGGCAAGCAAAAUGAAUGUGUACGUUUCGAGCAGCGCCGGCGUCCGAUGGCGAGAGGUCCUAUCCGGGCCUCACUAUUACACGUGGGGAGACCACGGAGGGAUCCUCAUGGCGGUAACCCAGGGGACAGAGACAAACCAGCUCAAAUAUAGCACAAAUGAAGGGGAGACCUGGAAAACGUUUACAUUCUCAGAAAAGCCGGUCUUUGUUUACGGCCUGCUGACCGAACCUGGGGAGAAAAGUACCAUCUUCACCAUCUUUGGCUCUUACAAAGAAAAUGGGCACAGCUGGAUUAUCCUGCAGAUCAACACCACCGAAGUGCUUGGUGUCCCGUGCACCGAAAAUGAUUACAAAUCAUGGUCCCCCUCGGAUGAGCGAGGCAACGAGUGUCUCCUGGGGCAUAAAACGGUCUUCAAAAGGCGGACUUCCCAUGCAAUGUGCUUCAACGGGGAAGACUUUGAUCGGCCAGUCGUGGUCUCCAACUGCUCUUGCACCAGAGAGGACUUUGAGUGUGAUUUUGGCUUCAAGUUAAGCGACGAUCUGUCUUCCGAAGUUUGUGUACCGGAUCCCGAAUUUGCUGGCAAGCUGUCUUCUCCCCCUGCACCAUGUCCCAUUGGCUCAUCUUACAGAAAGACAAGAGGUUAUCGGAAGAUAUCCGGAGACAUCUGCUCAGGGGGGGAUGUGGAGGCCCGUCUAGAAGGGGAACUGGUGCCUUGUCCUUUAGCAGAGGAGAAUGAAUUUAUUCUCUAUGCCACACGGUAUUCCAUCCACCGGUAUGACCUUUCUUCUGGGAUCAGUGAAAAGUUGCCCCUGAAUGGAUUGCGAGGGGCGGUGGCGCUGGAUUUCGAUUAUGACCACAACUGUUUGUACUGGGCAGAUGUGACCCUUGAUAUUAUCCAGCGCCUGUGUCUCAAUGGGAGUUCCGGACAGGAAAUUAUCAUCAGCACUGGACUGGAGACAGUCGAAGCCUUAGCCUUCGAACCCAUCAGUCAGCUGCUGUACUGGGUGAACGCUGGUAUCCCAAAGAUUGAGGUUGCCAACCCAGAUGGAGACUUACGGCUGACCAUUUUGAAUUCUUCUGUGCUGGAGCGGCCCCGAGCUUUGACUUUGUUACCUGAAGAAGGGUUGAUGUUUUGGACUGACUGGGGGGACUCCAGGCCCGGUAUUUAUCGAAGCGAGAUGGACGGUUCUUCUGCCACUUGCAUCGUUUCCGAGGGGGUGAGGUGGCCUAACGGCAUCUCUGUGGAUGACCGUUGGAUCUACUGGACGGAGGCCUACAUGGACAGGAUUGAGCGAAUCGAUUUUAAUGGCACGCAGAGAUCGGUGAUCUUGGAUAGCCUUCCUCAUCCCUACGCUAUUGCUGUAUUUAAGAAUGAAAUCUACUGGAACGAUUGGUCUCAGCUGAGCAUAUUCAGAGCUUCCAAAUACAGUGGGUCCAGAAUGGAGAUUUUGGUUGGUCACCUUACCGGUGUGAUGGACAUGAAAAUCUUCUACCGAGGAAAGACGGCAGGGCAGAAUGCCUGCUUUGCCAAGCCCUGCAGCCUGCUGUGCCUGCCAAAAUCCAACAACAGCCGAAGUUGCAAGUGCCCCGAGGGAGUUUCUGGUCAUAUCCUUCCAUCAGGGGAGAUGAGGUGCGAUUGCCCAUCUGGGUAUCUUUUGAAAAACAACACCUGUGUAAAGGAAGAAAACACCUGUCUCUCCAACCAGUAUAGAUGCUCAAAUGGUAAUUGCAUCAACAGCAUUUGGCAGUGUGACAACGACAAUGACUGUGGGGACAUGAGCGACGAGAAGAACUGCCCAACAACCAUAUGUGAUGCCGACACACAGUUCCGCUGCCACAGCUCGGGGACUUGUGUCCCACUGUCCUAUAAAUGUGACCUGGAGGAUGACUGUGGUGACAACAGUGAUGAGAACCACUGCGAAGCCCACCAGUGUCGGAGUGACGAGUUCAGCUGCAGCUCCGGCAUGUGCAUCCGCCUCUCCUGGAAGUGUGACGGUGACAACGAUUGCCGGGACUGGUCCGACGAAGCCAAUUGCACCACAGUGUACCACACUUGCGAAGCCUCUAGUUUCCAGUGCCACAACGGGCACUGCAUCCCCCAGAGGUGGGUGUGUGACGGUGACGCCGACUGCCAAGAUGGAUCUGAUGAGGACCCUGCUAACUGUGAGAAAAAGUGCAAUGGGUUCCAGUGUUCGAAUGGAAGUUGCAUUCCUUCAAGCAAACGCUGUAAUGGGGUACGGGACUGCCUGGAUGGUUCCGAUGAACAGCAUUGUGAGCCUCUCUGUACUCGCUACAUGGAUUUUGUGUGCAAGAACCGGAAACAGUGUCUGCUCCGCUCCAUGGUGUGUGACGGCACCAAACACUGUCAAGAUGGCUCGGAUGAAGACGCUGCUUACGCCGGGUGUGCCCAGGAUCCAGAGUUUCACCGUACUUGUGACCACUUCAGCUUCCAGUGUCAGAACGGCAUGUGCAUCAGCCUGGUGUGGAAAUGUGACGGCAUGGACGACUGUGGGGACUACUCGGAUGAGGCCAACUGUGAAAACCCAACCGAAGCCCCCACCUGCUCUCGGUACUAUCAGUUCCAGUGCGAGAAUGGCCACUGCAUCCCAAACAGGUGGAGGUGUGAUGAAGAAAACGAUUGUGGGGACUGGUCCGAUGAGAAGGAGUGUGGGGGUUCGGAAAUCAUUCCCGUCACUACUUCGGCCCCUGCCACAUGUUCGCCUAACCACUUCCGGUGUAAUAGCGGGGCUUGCAUCAUGAACAGCUGGGCUUGUGACGGGUACCGGGACUGUGCGGACGGCUCAGAUGAGGAGGCUUGCCCCACCGCUUCCAUCGGCGCAUCCUCUACAUCUGCCAGCUCCAUCGGCCGUUGCAGUAGAUUCGAGUUUGAGUGCCAGCAGACGAAGAAGUGUGUCCCCAAUUGGAAGCGCUGCGACGGCUUGAAGGAUUGCCAGGAUGGCACAGACGAGUUGAAUUGCCCUACGCACAGUACCUUGACAUGCCCUAGUGGGUUUAGAUGUGAAGAUGGGGAGACUUGCUUCAAGAUGGCAGAGAGGUGUGAUGGUUUCCUGGAUUGCUCAGAUAGCAGCGAUGAGAGAAACUGUACUGAUGAUACCUUGGUCUAUAAAGUGCAGAACCUCCAGUGGUCAGCCGACUUCUCGGGGGACAUCACUCUCACCUGGACUCGCCCUAAGAAGAUGCCAGUUGCGUCCUGUGUCUACAAUAUCCAUUACAGGAUGGUUGGCGAGAGCAUAUGGAAAUCUUUAGAGACCCAGAGCAACAAAACCAGCGGCGUCUUGAAAGUGCUGAAACCCGACUGCACGUACCAAGUCAAAGUUCAGGUCCAGUGUCUGACCAAGGGGUACAACACCAAUGACAUCAUCACUCUGCGGACCCCAGAAGGAUUGCCGGACCCUCCCCUUCAUCUUCAGUUGUUGCCAAAGAGAGAAGCUGAAGGUGUCGUGAUUUGCCAGUGGGCGCCGCCAGCAAACGCCCACGGCCUGAUAAGAGAAUAUGUUGUCGAGUACAGCAGAGCUGGCUCCAAGGAGUGGUCGUCUGUGAGAGCCCCCAGCGAUUAUUCGGAAAUUGGGAGGUUAGAGGUCAACACGUUGUAUACUUUCAGAGUUGCUGCAGUAACGAGCCGAGGAGUGGGAAACUGGAGCGAUUCCAAAUCUAUACAAACCAUCAGAGGCAAAGUGAUUCCACCACCUACAGUCAAUAUUGAGAGUUACAGCGAAGAUUCCAUAACCUUCACUCUGAAAAUGGAAGCUGAUAUUCAGGUGAAUGGUUAUGUGGUGAACAUUUUCUGGACCUUUGACACACACAGACAAGAAAAAAGGAUUUUGAACGUAGACGGGGGAAAGUCUGUACAAACCGUGAGUAACUUGACUGCUCAGACACCGUACGAGAUUUCGGCUUGGGCCAAGACCGAACUGGGUGAUAGUCCUCUGUCUUUUGCCCAUGUGGUGACCAGAGGUACAAGACCGCCUCCUCCCAGUCUGAAAGCCAAACCUAUCAAUCAGACUGCUGUCGAGUGUAACUGGACUGGCCCGAGGAAUGUUGUGUAUGGUAUAUUCUAUGCGACAUCUUUCCUAGAGUUGUACAGGAACCCUAGCAGUGCCAACACCACACUGCAUAACAUCACAGUCAUUGUCAACAGAGACGAGCAGUACUUGUUUUUGGUACGUGUGGUAUCUCCGUACCAAGGACCGCCUUCUGACUACAUCGUUGUGAAAAUGAUUCCUGACAAUCGCCUCCCUCCACGGCACCUUCACACGGUGCACGUGGGGAAAACAUUUGCUGUCAUUAAAUGGGAGUCGCCGUACGAUUCUCCUGACCAAGAUUUGCUAUAUGCUGUUGCAGUGAAAGAUUUAAUAAGAAAAACGGAUAAGAACUAUAAGGUGAAAACUCGAAACAACACGGUGGAAUAUACGAUCAAGAAGCUGGAGCCGGGGGGGAAGUACCACAUCAUUGUCCAACUUGUAAACAUGAGCAAAGAUGCCAGCUUGAAGGUUAGCACAGUUUCCCUGGCUGCUCCAGAAGCCUUGAAAAUUAUACCAGAAAAUGAUCACAUCUUGCUAUUUUGGAAGAGUUUAGCCUUAAAAGAAAGUCAUUUCAGUGAAAGUCGGGGGUAUGAAAUACACAUGCUCGAUAGAAUGAUGAAUGCGACAGCCUAUUUGGGGAACACCACAGACACAGUCUUCAAAGUUUCCAACCUGAAAAUAGGCCACAAUUACUCCUUCACUGUCCAAGCCCGAUGCCUCUACAGUGGACAGAUGUGCGGGGAGCCUGCUAUGCUGCUUUAUGAUGAACUUGGAAUGGACGAAGAUCCCGCUGCUUCUAAAACAGGCAAAUCCACGGAUGUUGCUGCCAUCGUGGUUCCCAUAUUAUUCCUCUUGCUAGUGACUGUGGGUGUAGGGUUUGUCGUGUUGUACAUGAGGCACAGAAGGCUGCAGAACAGCUUCACGGCCUUUGCCAACAGCCAUUACAAUUCCCGGCUUGGGUCGGCCAUAUUCUCAUCAGGCGACGAUUUAGGAGACGAGGACGAUGAAGCUCCUAUGAUCACGGGUUUUUCAGACGACGUCCCCAUGGUGAUAGCAUGAAGAGCAUUCCCGAUUCUGGAAACCAAAAUGGUUGUAAAUAUUUUAUUUGAUAAAAAUAGUCAACUGUUUAUUUUAAAAACAAAAACAAAAAAUGCACUUUUGAGUUGCAAUAUGUUAUUUUUGUAUGGGCCGAUAAAAAACAAACAAAGAAGAAACGAUUAUUACACUUUGUAGUUCCACAGCUAUGAACUUUGAAACCAGGUUGAUUUAGUUUCCAUUUCUGUUAACUUUUUUUUUUUCAAACUCUUAAGUUAGUCUUACAAGGCUGUGCUUGCUGGGCAUGCUUUUAAGUCUGUGAGAUGUCUUCUGUUGACUGUGACUCCGAUCUUCAGAGAACUUGUGAGUGCUUAAAGAACCCCUUCUAGAUCCUUGUUCCUGCUAGACAUGAUGAAGAGGGCAGAGCUACCUGCAAAACUAACAAUCCCACCUCAAAUGCAUCCUCUUUGAUUCCCCCAUUCAUGGAAAGGCGUGGAGUGAUGUCAUCGUGUCAGACAUCCCCACGUCAUUGAGUGAGGAGCAGGGAUGUUGCAUCCAUCAUGGGGUAGAGAAGAAGAUACUUGACACAGGGUUGCCAUUUUCUGUGGCAGUCCUUUGCAGUGGCUGGUUCUGCUGAUGGAAGAAUGCAAGGUGAGGGGAAGUUAAGUUGCCCAUCUGUAGCCUUCAUUAUAUGAAGGUGUACAGUGGAAGAGGAAUUGAAAAGGGGAGAAGGAGGGGAAAUGCGAGGCCGUGGAUUUCCCUGAAGAUGUUCCCCCAAACGCUGCUGCUAUGACCCUCCCACUUCCAGGGGGUCUUGCAUGAGGUCAUACGCAAGGCCCCUGAGACCAGUAACUAAAAGGACCGGUUCUCUCAAGAUCAGAGUCUAAACUGGCUUUUCUUUUUUAUUUUUUCUAAGAGGAGAUUUUAUUUAAAAAUAUUCAGGAAAUGACAAAUACAUACCUAUAUGAAAAGAGAGAAUAGUUCCUGAAGGUUUUAUGUUGACUUAAAGACUUCUUUGGACUUUGUUUCCCGUGAGGAUCUCCCCCCCCCUCCUUUUGUUUGAUUAAUUAAUUUAUUGGGAAGUCUGCUUUGGGUCAGACUUCCAAAAUUCUAAGUCAUAUAUGCACACUUGUGUGGGAGGAUGUGCCACUUUUAUCUUUUUGCAACACAGUCAGGUGGUUGUUUCAUUCCCACCUACCCCCUUGUCCUGUAAUCAAAUCAGGUAUUAACAUAGUAAAAAAAAAACCACUUUAAAAAAAGUUCUUGAAUAGUUUUCUGUGUUUCGAGGGAGCAAAAAAAAAGUGAGUAGAGCGACCGUCAUCUGUUUCAUAUGUUUGCUAACCUGAAGGCUGGAAUAUUUUCUGCCAGGGGCUUAAAACACAUUUUAGCAAAUAAAAGCAGGCACGCAAAAAUUUGGAGGCUUCAGUUUAAUCUUCUUAUUGCAAGUUUAGAUACCAAGGAACAUGAAGCAUCAAUCUGUAGAUCCAUUUCAUCUUGCAUGAGUUGGUUCCCCAUUCACUCUGAUGGAAAGGGCAGCCCCAGUAGUAUAUCAGGUCCAUGAGCAGCGCUGUCCCUUCCAGUUGAGUGAAUGGGGGAGCCAUGUCUCUAGGUAUGCAGAAGAUCUCCUGGUAAUCACAAGGGACUUUCAGAUACAGGUGAAAGCCAUCGGUGCCUGUAAGGUAAUAGGGGCAGAAGAGACACUUGAGUACCACUUGGCCGGGCUGGCGUGUCCCCUAACUAGGUGCUGUGGUCCAUCUUUCUCAGACAUGGCCCUGGAAUCGAGCUGGAGAGAAGAACAUUGUGUGCCAGGGAAGGCCCUGGAACUUCUCCUUUCCGUGGGGAUUUGAGCCUAUUAGAGCCCUAUAGGUAAUGGAACCUCAAGGCUCCAACUUGAUAACAUGGUCUUCAAUCAAAAUUUUAUGUUGUCUUGGUUAUUCAGCCCUCCUACAUUAUCCAGUACAUGUAACUCAUCAUCAAGACGAGUGGGGAGGUUUUGCAUGACAAUGCCGUUGCUUGCCUGCACCUUCCUUGUAUGCCUAGAAUGCAUAGAUUACAUCCUCAUCUCUGCAAAUCCAGUAAGGGAAACCAAACAAAAAUGGUCCAUUGGUUUUCUGUAGUAACCCAUGUGGAUUCACUUUGAAGGCUGUUAAUUUAAUUAUGCUUUAAGUGGCAGUCCAGACGCCGCAGUGAUCUCUAUCCAUGAGGAUGUAGGCGCUUUGACUUCCUCCCCUCCCAUUUUAUUUUUUUCAAAUAUAUUGCAAAUAUAGAAAACCGGCAGGCCGUUUGUUUCCCCCUCUAAGUGGAUAUAGGCAAUCGAUUGGGCAAUUUUCAUAGAAAGAGAGGCUCGAGUGGGGCUGCACUGGGAAACACCUCCCUCUUCCGCUUUCCAGCCUGUCUUCCUCCUGCUUGUGCAGUGAACAGUCUCAAGUCUGGUCUGCUCCACUGGAUCGAGCAAGGUUUUCUUGCUGGCGAACUUGGGUGAGAGGAGAACAGCCAGGCCAUAAAUGCCAGAAAGUUACGGGCCAUAAGUGCCAGAAAGGUGUCUGUGCCAGCACUCAUGGCUUUCAUCCCCCCUACCCCCCACUUGUGCAGAAAACAAUCAGGCUGUGAUGUGUAUAGAAGUCCCACAUCACUCAUGUUUUGCAUUUGAUUGGGGGGGGGAUGGGACUGGAUCAUACCUGUCCUACCACCACAUUGCCUAAGUGGACACAUAUUUGGACCAGCACGUGAGGUCCGAGGCUUUUAAACCUGGCACUUGCAGCUAUACAGAAAACCUUUUCAGCAACCUGCGGGAAGGAGCCGGGAGGGGAAGAGUGGACUGUAAUAUUUCACUGAGUGUUCACAGGUCACGCUUACCUGUAUUCCUGCAUAUGCAAACCUUGUUAUUCUGCAUUCAUAAAAUUCAAUCUUCAGGUUUUCUCAAUGCAAGUAUAUUUUACUGAUUUUAAGCCAAAAGUGUCUCUGAGCAGGGUGACUUAAGUUUUCUUAGGGUUGCAGCACAAAUAGGGGCCAAACAUGGCUUUGGUAAUGUUCUCUGCUAUUCCCAGAGCUUUGCCAAUAGUUGGUGAUUGACUAUGAAGACUUUUCUGUGAUUUUUGCUAUUGCUCUUUUCCCCCCUUCGAUUUUUCCAAGCAGCAAAGUCCCAUAAAAGUUACACUGCAGGGAGUGCAGAAGUCCAUGUUUAUGUCUGUCCUUUUUCAUUUCUGCCCCACCUUACCACAGAUCUGUUGUUGGCCAUGCCUCAGUUGUGUGUUGCAAUUUAAUGUCGUGUCAUCUGUGCAUUUUUCAUGCCAGAUCAUCAUUUUUCAGAUUUCCUACCUCCGGCAAACUCUUUCCACAAUGACUUGUCGGGAUGCCUGAGCAUCUGCCAUGCAGCCAUUGCAAAGAAAGGUUGAUGGUGUUAGGUCUCAGAGUGAGUUAAAGAGGAGCCGUGGCUCCCUGGUAGAGCUUUGUGCGUGCAAGGUUCCAUGAUCAGUCGUCAGCAACUCCAGUUACAAGGAGUAACAGGCUGGAGACGAUGGGAAAGACGUUGAGAAACCCUGGAGAGCUACAUGGGUCCAAUGACUUAAAUAGGCAUAAGGUAUAAGGCAGCUUCUCAUGGAAAAUUGAAGCAGGGUGUCACCUGGCCUUGUUGAUCCAACCUCUGUGAAAUCGGUGCACCCUAGAAUGCAGUCAGCAGCACACACACAAACACAACUGUAUGCACCAUGGUUGAUCAUUGCAGUGUGAUACCUCAAGUGUUGUGAACACUCGUGUGAGCCUGCCUUAUGCUGAAUCACCGCCUUGGUCCAUCAAAGCCGGUAUUGUCUACUCUCCAGGCUCUCAGGUGGAAGUUUUUCGUAUCACCUCCUACCUGAUCUCUUUAAUUGGAGAUGCCGGGAAUUGAACCUGGGACCUUCUGCAUCCCAAGCAGAUGCUCUAACACUGAGCCACUGGCUAAGUGGUCAUGCAGGGUACCUUGUGCACUAUUAAUGGCCUUGUUGUGGACUCCCUGAUAAAACAGAGAUCCCAGCUGCUCUCCAGAACAUACAUUAAAAACUACUGGGCUAGAUGAAGAAUCUUGACUGUUUGACUCCCAAGUUUCACUCCCUGUGAUUCAAUACUGUGCCAGACAGACUUCCUGAACCCUUUAAACACUUAAAUACUCACAAACACACACACACUUUAUGCAAAAAACAACAAAAGACCACUGUGAGAAGAUAGCUUAUGGGGCUAGUGCAUUUUAUAUAAAAAUUGGAGUUCUCUUCUUUUGACAUGUGAGCAGGACGGAUGCCUUUUUGAGUCAAUUGUUACGUUUUAAUGAAUGUUUGAAGCACAAACCUGAAUGAAGAGUGUCCCGGUUGGGUUUGUACCUGUUUAUUUUUUGUAAAUAUACCACAUUGAAUGUUUCGGUUCCAUGUCUGUAGUUUUGGAAACAUGACAUCAGCUUUGGGAAAUGCUCCGUAGGAGGCUGUUGGAUGCUUCGUUCAGAGAUGAUUACCGAUAAAUUAAUCCGAAAAGUGGAAGGCAGUCUGGUGGAUGGUGUUCUCCGCUCCCAACUCAAGAAGCCAGGGCAUCAGACGAUGGGGCAGUUCACUUUGUUUUUUAAGUUGGUUCUGUUAGGAGCCAGUCCAAUGGGGAAGGUAUUCCUGCAGCAUGCUCUAUGGGCUGGUAACCCACUGAUACCGGUGGGAUCCAUCAGCAAGUCCACUUACGGUUUGGCCCAAACCCAAAGAUAGCUCGUAGGAAGACAAGGAUUGACCAUGGGAGAUGAUACAUCAGAAAGCAUUGCUGUAAUCUUGGAUUGUUGGCUGUGGCUGCAAAACGGCAGAGCAAACGAGCCAUUUUUCAGAGUUCUGGAGGGAGGCCAAUGAAAUCCAGAGUUAGAAGGAAUUAAUAAAGAUUGCUUUGGGAAAGAUGACAGCAGGCCUUCUCAACCGGAUGCUGUUUCUCUGCCGUCACCUUCAUCUCUUUUCCUGGGAUGGGGCAGGGAAAUCCUAAACCCGACUGCCCUUCUGCCUCGGAACAAAAUUAGAAAUAUGUGGCAAAGCUAACGUGCUCUUUUUCGUUUUCCAAGGACUGCUGAAACAACUAUAGCGGUUUUAAUUUGAAUCAAGAAAAGCUGAUGGAAAACUAAAACGCUGGUGGAGGAAAUGUUCAAUAAAAUUUGUGGGUGGGGAAAUACCUCUUUAAAUAGUGUUAUUAUCUUUGGUCACCCAACCAUCAACUCUGGAAUCUGCUAUAAAACAAGCCCAAACAAACAAGCAUGUGUGCACGUACCAAUUUUUUUGGAAGCGUGUGAACCUCCAUGUUGAGAAACUUCAGAACAUCUUACGGAAAUGCUAAUACUGUUGUUUUUGCUUUGCUUGUGGAUCUAAGAAAAAAUGUAAACGCAUUUAAGGUGAGCAUUUUUCUCUUCGAAUCUUUAGGUCUUUAUUUUCUGAACCCUGUUAAAUCUGCUGCCCGAAUCGGGGCGUUGCCAUAGAAAUCCAGGCUUGCACAAAUUUUUAUGGUGACAGGAUUUCAACUCGAUGAAUUUUUCAGUGAUAGGAUUUCAACUCCAUGAAAUUUCAUCCGCUUGCCUUUGACUUUCUGUUAAUAAAAAUAGGGAUCAAUUGGUU